AUAAAUUGUAACUCAUGAAUCUAUCUGUCUGAUUACAUUUUGGAGACGGAGACAAAAACGGGCCAAUCAUGUUAUGUAUGAAAUGACUCUUGAUCAGAGGUAACAGUUUAAUGGCUCCAUAUAUAUGUUGAUAAGCCAAUAUUAUUCUAUAUAUGUUGUGUAUUUCUUAACCAAACGUUUUAAUUAACAUGGCUUCUGUGAUUGAGCAAUGUCAAGUUGCACCACCUCCUGGUGGUGUUGAUGAGCUGACACUCCCACUCACCUAUUUUGAUCAUAUGUGGUUAGACUUCCACCGUGUACGGCAGAUACUAUUCUACAAGCUCCCUAUAACCAAACCCAAUUUCAUCGAAAACAUUAUUCCUCCUCUUAAAGAUUCACUCUCCCUUGCUGUCAAACACUAUAUACCCUUAGCUGGCAAUGUUGCUUGUCCAAUAAAUUCAAACGGAUAUCCUGAGUUACGUUAUGUGACAGGAGAUUCUGUGUCAAUUACUUUUUCUGAGACUGAUAUGGAUUUCAAUUAUCUCAUUGGUGACCAUCCCCGUAGUGCUACGGAUUUUUAUCACUUUGUUCCUCAGUUGGCUGAACCUAAGGAUGCACCGGGGGUCCAAUUAGCCCCUAUCUUAGCCAUUCAAGUGACACUUUUUCCGAAUUUUGGUGUAUCCAUUGGUUUCACUAAUCAUCACGUUGCUGGCGAUGGAGCUACCAUAGUAGGGUUCAUUAGGGCGUGGGCUGAACUCCACAAAUUCGGUGGACAUGAACAAUUCUUAUCGAAAGCAUUUAUUCCAUUUUAUGAUAGGUCUGUAAUCAAAGACCCAUAUGGACAAGGCAUGACCAUAUGGAAAGAAAUGAAGAAACGUAAUCUAGAGAUGCGUGACAUUGUGACUCUUCAUGAGCACAAAGUUCGAAGUACAUUUACUAUAAGGCGAGAUGAUAUCGAGAAACUCAAGAAUUUAAUAUCAUCAAGACGACGAAAUACUCUAAAUCCUGUAACAUCUUUCACCAUAACAUGUGCUUAUUUAUGGACUUGCUUGAUAAAAUCAGAGGGCGCGAUCAAAGAAGAUAUCAUAGAUGAUAAUUUAACGGAAUUCUUCGGAUGUGAAGUAGAUUGCAGAGCGCGAUUCAAUCCACCACUUCCUCAAUCUUAUUUUGGGAAUUGCCUAGUGGGGUACGUUGCAAGAACAAGACAUGUUGACUUAGCGGGAAAGGAAGGCUUUACAAUUGCUGUGGAAAUAAUUAGAGGAUCCAUUCAGAAAAGAAUGAAGGAUGAGGAAUGGAUUCUGAAUGGUAGCUGGUUUAAAGAAUUAAACACCAUAUAUGAGAACCGAAUGCUUUCAAUUGCUGGAUUGCCAAAACAUGACUUAUAUGCUGCUGAUUUUGGAUGGGGAAGGGCUGCGAAGUUAGAAGUCAUUUCUCUUGACAGUGGUGAUGGAAUAUCGAUGUCUCUUAAUAAAUCUAAGGACUUUGAUGGAGAUUUAGAGGUUGGUUUAUCUUUGUCUAAAACCCGAAUGAAUGCUUUUGCUGCUAUAUUCACCCACGGUCUCACUUUUCUAUAGCAAGCCUGAUUUUAUUAAUUACCAAGAAAAUAGACAUGAAGUCUAACCUCUUGUGUCCUAGAUGAAAUACUUUAAAUUGUAGCUGUAAAUUGUAAUACUAGUCCAAAUAAGAAUCCUUUUUCAAGCCGGUAUUUGGUGUAUUUUUAUGUCAUCCAAGACUUUAUUAUUAUGCAACUGCUUUAUAUUGGUUCUUUCUACA